AUACACCCGCUCUGUGGAUUAUGACGCAAUCAAAAAGGGACGGACAGGGCUACAGAGUCCUGUCAGACACCAAGAAGAAAACGUUUCGCCUUAAACUAUAAAUUAAUGUUUACGUGUGCGCUUAAUUUAUAAUACAUGCAGAUGUCACAUGUGUGAGUGUGCGCGUGCAGAAGGUAUGUUGUACCGGCAGCGCGUGACCGAACAGAGAUGCCCAGGCGGGAUGUCCGAGUGUCUCGUGGGAAAUAUAGAAUAUCACAGCGUUUGUAUUUGACACAGUGCUCAUGUUUAAGUUGUUUUAUUGAGUUGUUAUCAAGAGAAAAACACUAAUUAAAGUGAUGGACUAACCUGCUUUUCUAAUAGCAUACAUUAGCUGCAGCUGUGGUCUCUAAUGUGCUUCCGGACUACAAAACUGUAACCACAUGGAAAUACGGCUCGUGUCGACCUUCAGUUUACUGUCUCUGCUGUCGCCCAAACACGAGUGCUUCACCAGGGGGGCGAACAGUGUGAUCAGGAGGUGUCAGAGCCAUUUGGAGAGACCAUGCACAACAGGGCACGUUAUCUCAUCUUUUUUCAAUACAUAGGAACAAAAUACAGUGGUGCAGUGAAGGUGCCCCAGCCAAGAAGCACAGGGGUCCAGGAACACUUGGAGGAUGCUAUAAGGAGGCUGAGGCCGCUCAACCCAGUGUCCCUGUCGAUCUCCAGCAGGACAGACAGAGGUGUCCACGCCCUUUCUAACUCCGCCCACUUUGACCUCCAACGCAAGAACGAUAAGCCACCAUUCCCUGAAGACCAUCUGGUUGAUUAUCUUAAUUACCAUCUCAAAGAGGAGAAAAUCAGGAUCACCCAUGCCCACCGCGUGCCUGAUAACUUCCAUGCCCGUUAUCGUGCCCAGUCUCGGACUUACGUCUACCGCAUCGCCCUGGGAAUCACCCACAGCUCUCCGCUUCCCCUCACAGAAUACAGUCUGUGCUGGAAGCUCAGCAACACGGAGCUGGAUGUGGGAGCCAUGCAGGAGGCGAUCGCCUUGCUGGUCGGGACUCAGGACUUCAGCACCUUCAGGGCCGUCAACAAUGACAUGCCUUUCGUAAAUCCUGUGAAGACGCUGACUGUGGCCAGCAUACAGCCAGGAGGCUCCUUCGCACAGGCACACUACCACAGAGAGAUACCAUUCUGGGAGCUGACAUUUAAAGGCAGAUCUUUUCUCUAUAAGCAGGUGCGAAGGAUGACAGGGGCCGUGGUGGCUGUGGGCCAGGGGAAGCUCUCAGUUCCCCAGCUAAAGGAGUUACUGGAGGCUCGGGACACUCUUGCCUACCCAAAAGACAUGGCUGCUCCGGCCUAUGGCCUCUUCCUCACCAGGGUGGAAUACAAAGAGACAGACCUGCAGCUUACAAAACAGACCUCAGAAGAGCCGUCGUCCUCAAGUGCAAACUCAGAAGAUUAAUUGUGCCAUUCAGUCAUGUUGAUAAACUGUAUUUCCAUACUUCUAUUUGCAAUGGUUGUAAUAAAGUUUUGUAUUUAAGUGU